AUGUAUUCUCUUGCCGAUGCAUCUGGGCGGAGAACAGCAUUGGUGGCCUUAAGGAACUCUAUAUAUCUAAUCCCUUUGGGGUUCUUGGCUUAUGAUUGGGGCGUGACUUCUGAAUGGUUUUGUCUGGAGUCCACGGUACUUACACUUGCAAUAAGCGCUGCAGCAUUUUCAUUCUAUAGAGACCGUACCAGAGAAAAAGCAAGGAGAAUGUUCCACGCUAGUCUCCUUUAUCUCCCCGUGUUUAUGACUGGGCUUCUGAUUCACCGUCGCUCCAAUGGCGAACAAUUCUUAGAAGACAAUGCAAAGGGUUUUGUGAAAUCUGCAUCUUCUGGGGAAGCAUUAGAAUUGGAUGAUAAUAAUGAUAAUCAGAAUAUCAAGGCCAAGCGUCCAUAUUGGACUGAAUCACGUCCUCCUGUAGCAUAUGCCUCUGUUGCUCCAUUUCCCUUUCUGCCUGCUCCUUCAUAUUGA